AUGCCUCAUUGUUGCAAUUAUGAUUUGGCUUUCACUGGAAGUAGAUCCUCAUCACCAGAAUCAGUCACCUCAGACAUUGAAUUUUCUGGAUUUAGCCUUGAGGAAUUGUUUGCUGAUUACAGAGCAGAUUCUGCUGAAUCGAUAUAUUCAGACAAUGAAUUUCUGGAUCAAUUGGAAGCAGGACUUGUUCCACUCUUGCAUGAAUCAGCUUCUCCAGUUUCUGAUCCUCUCCUUCACUCUACUCAAUCUGAAACAUCUGUUAACAAAUUAAUCUCACCUGCCUUAGUCCAGUCUGAAUCUGAACACCGAGACACCAAACCAGAGAUAUUAGUAUCUACCACAACUAUGGCAAAAGAAGGCUCUGUUGAGGCUCAAACCACGUUGCCAGUUGCAGCUAAAAAAGCAUUUAUACAGCUUGACUUGAGUGAUGAGAAGUUUGGUUCGUUAUUACCAGUCCCUGUACUGAUGCCAGUAAAGCAGGAGCCAGCUAAUUAUCUUGAUGAGGUAGAGGAAGACAAUUUGAAACACCAAGAUAUAUCUGAAGUCAAACCUUUAUCUCCCGAGUCAGUCUUUUCAGACAGUGUUUCACAAUUCAGACCUGGACAUUGUGAUUAUUAUUUGGUGUACAAUGUGAGUAGUUCUGUGUCACCUCAGUCUGUAACUUCAGACAUUGAAUAUCAUGGUUUGUACAGACCAGGUUCCCCGUCAGAUAGUGAAUUGAUAGUGACAGUUCAAAGUAGCGUAUCUGAGCAUAGACCACUCUCACCAGAAUCAAUAACUUCAGAAGAUAAUUAUUCCUUCCUUGAGCUCUUGUUUUCAGAGUCUAGACCAUCCUCUCCAGAGUCUGUUGCAUCAUUUGAUGAGUACAUGCCUCUCUCUCCAGAAUCUCCAGUUCCUCACUUCAUGCCUCAAUGUUGUGAUUAUUUGGCUUUCACUGGAAGUAGAUGUUCAUCACCUGAAUCAGUAUCUUCAGGUAUUGAAUUCUCUGAGUUCUGUCUUGAGGAACUGUUUGCUGAAGAAAGAGCAGAUUCACCUGAAUCAUUAAUAUCAGAGAGUGAAAUUGUUGAGUCAGUUGAAGGAGGUCUAAUGAAAUUCAGACCCUUGUCACCAGAAUCAAUAACUUCAGAAGAUGAUUAUACCUUCCUUGAGCUCUUGUUUGCAGAGUCUAGACCAUCUUCACCUCAUUCUAUCACUUCAACUGACGAAUAUCGAUCUCUAUCCCCUGAUUCCCCAAUCCCACAAUUUAGACCCACAAUAAUUGAGUUGUCAAUGUCAUUCCUUAGCAGAUCUCCGUCACCUAUUUCAGUAACUUCAGACUUUGAAGGAUCUGGCUUCUAUCUUGAGGAACCGUUCAAUGAAGAGAGACCAGAUUCACCUGAAUCAUUUAUAUCAGAGAGUGAAUUUGUUGAGUCAGUUGAAAAAGGUGUCAUGCAACUCAGACCCUUGUCACCAGAAUCAGUAACUACAGAAGAUGAUUAUUCCUUCCUUGAGCUCUUGUUAUCAGAGUCUAGACCAUCCUCUCCAGAGUCUGUUGCAUCAUUUGAUGAGUACAGGCCCCUCUCUCCAGACUCCCCAGUUCCCGAUUUCAGACCACAUUGUUGUGAUUAUUAUUUGCUAUUCACAGAAGAUAGAUCUUCGUCACCAGAAUCAGUAUCUUCAGAUAUUGAGUUCUCAGGACUUUACCUUAAGGAAUUGUUUGCUGAGGACAGAGCAGAUUCUCCUGAAUCGAUAUAUUCAGACAAUGAAUUUCUGGAUCAAUUGGAAGCAGGACUUGUUCCACUCUUGCUUGAAACAGCUUCUCCAGUUUCUGAUCCUCUCCCUCACUCUACUCAAUCUGAAACAUCUGUUAACAAAUUAAUCUCACCUGCCUUAGUCCAGUCUGAAUCUGAGCACCGAGACACCAAACCAGAGAUAUUAGUAUCUACCACAACUAUGGCAAAAGAAGGCUCUGUUGAGGCUCAAACCACAUUGCCAGUUGCAGCUAAAAAAGCAUUUAUACAGCUUGACUUGAGUGAUGAGAAGUUUGGUUCGUUAUUACCAGUCCCUGUACUGAUGCCAGUAAAGCAGGAGCCAGCUAAUUCUCUUGAUGAGGUAGAGGAAGACCAUUUGAAACACCAAGAUAUAUCUGAAGUCAAACCUUUAUCUCCCGAGUCAGUCUUUUCAGACAGUGUUUCACAAUUCAGACCUGGACAUUGUGAUUAUUAUUUGUUAUACAGUGGGAGGAUUUCUCCGAUACCUGAAUCUGUAACAACAUUUGAUGAUCAUAGGCCUCUUUCUCCUGACUCACCUGCUUCACAAUUCAGACCUGGACAUUGUGAUUAUUAUUUGGUGUACAAUGUGAAUAGUUCUGUGUCACCUCAGUCUGUAACUUCAGACAUUGAAUAUCAUGGUUUGUACAGACCAGGUUCCCCGUCAGAUAGUGAAUUGAUAGUGACAGUUCAAAGUAGCGUAUCUGAGCAUAGACCACUCUCACCAGAAUCAAUAACUUCAGAAGAUGAUUAUUCCUUCCUUGAGCUCUUGUUUUCAGAGUCUAGACCAUCCUCUCCAGAGUCUGUUGCAUCAUUUGAUGAGUACAGGCCUCUCUCUCCAGACUCUCCAGUUCCUCACUUCAUGCCUCAAUGUUGUGAUUAUUUGGCUUUCACUGGAAGUAGAUGUUCAUCACCUGAAUCAGUAUCUUCAGGUAUUGAAAUCUCUGAGUUCUGUCUUGAGGAACUGUUUGCUGAAGAAAGAGCAGAUUCACCUGAAUCAUUAAUAUCAGAGAGUGAAAUUGUUGAGUCAGUUGAAAGAGGUCUAAUGAAAUUCAGACCCUUGUCACCAGAAUCAAUAACUUCAGAAGAUGAUUAUACCUUCCUUGAGCUCUUGUUUGCAGAGUCUAGACCAUCUUCACCUCAUUCUAUCACUUCAACUGACGAAUAUCAAUCUCUAUCCCCUGAUUCCCCAAUCCCACAAUUUAGACCCACAAUAAUUGAGUUGUCAAUGUCAUUCCUUAGCAGAUCUCCGUCACCUAUUUCAGUAACUUCAGACUUUGAAGGAUCUGGCUUCUAUCUUGAGGAAUUGUUCAAUGAAGAGAGACCAGAUUCACCUGAAUCAUUUAUAUCAGAGAGUGAAUUUGUUGAGUCAGUUGAAAAAGGUGUCAUGAAACUCAGACCCUUGUCACCAGAAUCAGUAACUUCAGAAGAUGAUUAUUCCUUCCUUGAGCUCUUGUUAUCAGAGUCUAGACCAUCCUCUCCAGAGUCUGUUGCAUCAUUUGAUGAGUACAGGCCUCUCUCUCCAGACUCUCCAGUUCCUCACUUCAUGCCUCAAUGUUGUGAUUAUUUGGCUUUCACUGGAAGUAGAUCCUCAUCACCAGAAUCAGUCACCUCAGACGUUGAAUUUUCUGGAUUUAGCCUUGAGGAACUGUUUGCUGAAGAAAGAGCAGAUUCACCUGAAUCAUUAAUAUCAGAGAGUGAAAUUGUUGAGUCAGUUGAAGGAGGUCUAAUGAAAUUCAGACCCUUGUCACCAGAAUCAAUAACUUCAGAAGGGGACUUUACCUUCCUUGAGCUCUUGUUGUCAGAGUCUAGACCAUCCUCUCCAGAGUCUGUUGCAUCAUUUGAUGAGUACAGGCCCCUCUCUCCAGACUCCCCAGUUCCCGAUUUCAGACCACAUUGUUGUGAUUAUUAUCUGCUAUUCACAGAAGAUAGAUCUUCGUCACCACAAUCAGUCACCUCAGACAUUGAAUUCUCUGGAUUUAGCUUCAAGGAAUUAUUUGCUGAAAACAGAGCAUAUUCUCCUUAUUCCUGUAUGUCUGAGAGUGAGUCUGUUGAGUCAGUUGAAUUGGGUGUAAUAUCUCAAAGAUCUCUGUCACCAGAAUCAGUAACUUCAGAAGAUAAUUAUUCCUUCCUUGAGCUCUUGUUAUCAGAGUCUAGACCAUCCUCUCCAGAGUCUGUAACAUCAUUUGAUGAGUACAGGACCCUCUCUCCUGACUCUCCAGUUCCUCACUUCAUGCCUCAAUGUUGUGAUAAUUUGGCUUUCACUGGAAGUAGAUGUUCAUCACCUGAAUCAGUAUCUUCAGGUAUUGAAUUCUCUGAGUUCUGUCUUGAGGAACUGUUUGCUGAAGAAAGAGCAGAUUCACCUGAAUCAUUAAUAUCAGAGAGUGACAUUGUUGAGUCAGUUGAAAGAGGUCUAAUGAAAUUCAGACCCUUGUCACCAGAAUCAAUAACUUCAGAAGAUGAUUAUUCCAUCCUUGAGCUCUUGUUAUCAGAGUCUAGACCAUCCUCUCCAGAGUCUGUUGUAUCAUUUGAUGAGAACAGGCCUCUCUCUCCUGACUCUCCAGUUCCUCACUUCAUGCCUCAAUGUUGUGAUUAUGAUUUGGCUCCCACUGGAAGUAGAUGUUCAUCACCAGAAUCAGUAUCUUCAGAUAUUGAGUUCUCAGGACUUUACCUUAAGGAAUUAAUUGCUGAGGACAGAGCAGAUUCUCCUGAAUCAAUAUAUUCAGAUAGUGAUUUUCUGGAUCAAUUGGAAGCAGGACUUGUUCCACUCUUGCAUGAAUCAGCUUCUCCAGUUUCUGAUCAUCUCCCUCACUCUACUCAAUCUGAAACAUCUGUUAACAAAUUAAUCUCACCUGCCUUAGUCCAGUCUGAAUCUGAGCACCGAGACACCAAACCAGAGAUAUUAGUAUCUACCACAACUAUGGCAAAAGAAGGCUCUGUUGAGGUUAAAACCACAUUACCAGUUGCAGCUAAGAAAGCAUUUAUACAGCUUGACUUGAGUGAUGAGAAGUUUUGUUCGUUAUUACCAGUCACUGUACUGAUGCCAGUAAAGCAGGAGCCAGCUAAUUCUCUUGAUGAGGUAGAUGAAGACAAUUUGAAACACCAAGAUAUAUCUGAAGUCAAACCUUUAUCUCCUGAGUCAGUCUUUUCAGACAGUGUUUCACAAUUCAGACCUGGACAUUGUAAUUAUUAUUUGUUAUACAGUGGGAGCAUUUCUCCGAUACCUGAAUCUGUAACAACAUUUGAUGAUCAUAGGCCUCUUUCUCCUGACUCACCUGCUUCACAAUUCAGACCUGGACAUUGUGAUUAUUAUUUGGUGUACAAUGUGAGUAGUUCUAUGUCACCUCAGUCUGUAACUUCAGACAUUGAAUAUCAUGGUUUGUAUAGACCAGGUUCCCAGUCAGAUAGUGAAUUGAUAGUGACAGUUCAAAGUAGCGUAUCUGAGCAUAGACCACUCUCACCAGAAUCAGUAACUUCAGAAGAUGAUUAUUCCUUCCUUGAGCUCUUGUUAUCAGAGUCUAGACCAUCCUCUCCAGAGUCUGUUGCAUCAUUUGAUGAGUACAGGCCACUCUCUCCAGACUCCCCAGUUCCUCACUUCAUGCCUCAAUGUUGUGAUUAUUAUUUGGCUUUCACUGGAAGUAGAUGUUCAUCACCUGAAUCAGUAUCUUCAGGUAUUGAAUUCUCUGAGUUCUGUCUUGAGGAACUGUUUGCUGAAGAAAGAGCAGAUUCACCUGAAUCAUUUAUAUCGGAGAGUGAAAUUGUUGAGUCAGUUGAAGGAGGUCUAAUGAAAUUCAGACCCUUGUCACCAGAAUCAAUAACUUCAGAAGAUGAUUAUACCUUCCUUGAGCUCUUGUUAUCAGAGUCUAGACCAUCUUCACCUCAUUCUAUCACUUCAACUGACGAAUAUCGAUCUCUAUCCCCUGAUUCCCCAAUCCCACAAUUUAGAACCACAAUAAUUGAGUUGUCAAUGUCAUUCCUUAGCAGAUCUCCGUCACCUAUUUCAGUAACUUCAGACUUUGAAGGAUCUGGCUUCUAUCUUGAGGAAUUGUUCAAUGAAGAGAGACCAGAUUCACCUGAAUCAUUUAUAUCAGAGAGUGAAUUUGUUGAGUCAGUUGAAAAGGGUGUCAUGAAACUCAGACCCGUGUCACCAGAAUCAAUAACUUCAGAAGAUGAUUAUUCCUUCCUUGAGCUCUUGUUAUCAGAGUCUAGACCAUCCUCUCCAGAGUCUGUUGCAUCAUUUGAUGAGUCCAGGCCCCUCUCUCCUGACUCCCCAGUUCCCGAUUUCAGACCACAUUGUUGUGAUUAUUAUCUGCUAUUCAAAGGAGAUAGAUCUUCGUCACCACAAUCAGUCACCUCAGACAUUGAAUUCUCUAGAUUUAGCCUCAAGGAAUUAUUUGCUGAAAACAGAGCAUAUUCUCCUGAUUCCUGUAUGUCUGAGAGUGAGUCUGUUGAGUCAGUUGAAUUGGGUGUAAUAUCUCAAAGAUCUCUGUCACCAGAAUCAAUAACUUCAGAAGAUGAUUAUUCCUUCCUUGAGCUCUUGUUGUCAGAGUCUAGACCAUCCUCUCCAGAGUCUGUUGCAUCAUUUGAUGAGUACAGGCCUCUCUCUCCUGACUCACCUGUUCCUGAUUUCAGACCUCAAUACUGUGAUUAUUAUUUGCUGUUCACUGCUGAUAGUUCUUCGUCUCCUGAAUCAGUCAGUUCAGAUCUUGAGUACUCUGGAUCUUCCCUUGAGGAAUUAUUUACCGAGGACAGACCAAAUUCACCUAUUUCCAUCUGGUCAGAGGGCGGUGAUCAUGAUGAUGAUGACGGUAGUUUUCCUAAAACAUCAGGGUGGGAUGAUGAUGCAGGUCCUCCAGAAGAGAUCCCAACUGUACAUUGGGCUAUCAUACCACAGUUCAUGGUGUCUAAAGCUGUACAAACAGGCUUGUCAACUGACACGGAUGAAUUUUCAUCCCUGCCUGAAGUGCGGCCUGUGUCUCCAGAAUAUAGACUAGUUUACAAGGCAGUUCCCAUCAAACGAAUGUCCCAUAUGUAUGACCCAGCGUACGAAGGUGAAACCUGCUAUAGUAAGACUGGUGUUUUCGAACAUUCAGUACAUAGACAGAAGGUUAGACAGGCACUUGACUGUCAGAGGGAACUUUGUGGUGAUUUCAGGCCAGUUCAUUUUAGCGAAUCCAACCAUGGUAUGCCUAGUGUCUCUGAAACAUCAGCAGUUGAGGUGACAGAACAAGAUAUCUCCUCACUAAAACACUCUAACAUCACCGACCAGACAGUCACAGAAACUUUCCAUGAACCUCAUUUGCCAAUAUCGCAGCCAGUAGAGACAGAAAUCAGAACCCCUUCCCCCGUUUUAGCUGAAUGGGAGUUUGUCCAGUUGUCGUCCCUUCCAGAGUACAGACCUCUUUCUCCCGAGUCACUCGGUUCAGACAGGGAUGGAAUCCUUUUAUAUCUUGACCACUUCUUUACUGACAUGAGGCCGUCUUCACCUGAAUCUGUUGCGUCAGCGAAUGAAUACUGGCCUCUCUCUCCUGAAUCUCCAGUUCCCCACUACGGACCUAGAAUCCUAGAUGUUAUCACGACUGCAGAGCGUAGAUCUUCCCUAUAUUCAGUUACAUCAGACAUUGAAUUGUUCGGAUUAUGUCUUGAGGAAUCGUUUGCUGAGGACAGAGCAGAUUCUCCUGAUUCCUUUAAUUCAGAAGGUGAAUAUGAACAGGUCGAUGAGACGCUGACCAAAUCCGGUCCUCUAUCAGCAGAAUCGUCAAAAACAGAAGAUGAGUACGCUCAUUCUUUCAUUCAGUACUGGCUUUCCGAGUUACAGCCAUCCUCUGCAGACCCCAUGACAUCACUAGAUGAGUUACAGCCAUCCUCUGUAGACCCCAUGACAUCACUAGAUGAGUUACAGCCAUCCUCUGUAGACCCCAUGACAUCACUAGAUGAGUUACAGCCAUCCUCUGCAGACCCCAUGACAUCACUAGAUGAGUUAGAUGCUGCAGAAACAAGCUCAUCCACAGAAAUUGAUGAUUCCGAAGCUCAGCCUAUUUAUAAAUUCUCUGAUGGAAAAACGUUGACUCCAGUUCCUUCCAAGCUAAUGGCCCAAACAUUUGACCCAGCGCACAAAGGUGAAACGUUCUUGAAUAAAUCAGGUGUUUUUGAAUGUGCAGGAGACAGACAGGUUAGAGAGAUUAUGGAGCGUCUGAAGGACAAAGAAAUUGUCCUGGGCAGGCCUAUCACACCAGAAUCAAUAACGUCAGAAGAGAUUCGGUCGUUUUUGAAUGAUUGGUCCACUGAGUUAGAGUUAAGGCCAAACUCUAUUGAAUCACUUGAUGAGUAUAGGCCUCUCUCUCCUGACUCUCCUAUUCCCCAGUUCUUACAUCAAUGUUGUGAUUAUUACUUGGAACUCCCUGGUGAUAGGUCUCAAUCACCUCUGUCAGUAACGUCAGACAUUGAAUACUGUGGAUCAUAUCUCAAUGAACUGAUUCCUGAACACAGACCAGAUUCUCCUGAUUCCUUUUUGGCCGAUAGUGAAUUCAAAGAGUCAAUUGAACAAUUUUUUAUGAAGCUCAGACCCCUGUCACCAAAAUCAGUAACUUCAGAAGAUGAUUAUACCUUCCUUGACCUCUUGUUUUCAGAGUCUAGACCAUAUUCUCCUGAAUCUGUAACAUCGCUUGAUGAGGAUAGGCCUCUCUCUCCUGACUCUCCAAUUCCCCAGUUCUUACAUCAAUAUUGUGGUUAUUAUUUGGUUUUCCCUGCUGAUAGGUCUUCAUCACCUGAAUCAGUAACAUCAGAUAUUGAAUUCUCUGAGUUCUGUCUUGAUGAAUUGUUUGCUGAGGACAGAGCAGAUUCUCCUGAUUCCUUUAUAUCAGAAGGUCACUAUGAACAGCUGGAUGAGACGCUGACCAAAUCCGGUCCUCUAUCAGCAGAAUCGUCAAAAACAGAAAAUGAGUACGCUCAUUCUUUCAUUCAGUACUGGCUUUCCGAGUUACAGCCAUCCCCUGCAGACCCCAUGACAUCACUACAUGAGUUAGAUGCUGCAGAAACAAGCUCAUCCACAGAAAUGGAUGAUUCUGAAUCGCAGCCUAUUUAUGAAUUCUCUGGUAGAAAAAAAUCAACUCUAGAAUAUAGACUGGUUUAUAAGGCAGUUCCUUCCACGCUAAUGGCCCAUACAUUAGAUCCAGCGUACAAAGGUGAAACCUAUUUCACUAUGACAGGUGUUUUUGAAUAUGCAGGAGACAGACUUGUUAGAAAAGUCCUGGAUCAACCGCAGCAAUCUGGUGAAGACUUGAGGCCAGUUAGUGUUGGAGAACCAGCCUCACCUUGUCAUUCUGCUACUCCAGAAGAUGAGGAGACAGUACUAGAGGGAUCCAUACUAACAGUCCCUCAUGUCACUGACCAGACAGUCACAGAAACUUUGCAGGAACCUCAUUUUCCAAUAUCCCAGCCAGUAGAGACAGAAAUCAGAACCACUUCCCCCGUCUUAGCUGAAUGGGAGUUCAUCCAGUUGUCGUACCUUCCUGAGUAUAGACCUCUUUCUCCUGAGUCACUCGGUUCAGACAGUGAUGGAGUCCUUUUAUAUCUUGACCACUUCUUUACUGACAUGAGGCCGUCUUCACCUGAAUCUGUUGCGUCAUUUGAUGAGUACAGGCCUCUCUCUCCUGACUCUCCAGUUCCCCACUUCAUGCCUCAAUGUUGCGAUUAUUAUUUGGCUCCCACUGGUGAUCGAUCUUCGUCACCUCAAUCAGUAACUUCAGGUAUUGAAUUCUCUGAGUUCUGUCUUGAGGAAUUGUUUGCUGAAGAAAGAGCAGAUUCACCCGAGUCAUUGAUAUCAGAAGAUGGAACGAGAUUAGUAGAUGAGUCAGACAAAGAUAUGAGCCAAGACCCGGAUUCAACAUCAGAAGAGAGCCUGUCAUUUUUGGAGGACUGGUUUUCAGAAUUAGAUCUAAGACCAUCCUCCCCUGAAUCUGUUGCAUCACAAGAGGAGUACAGGCCCCUCUCUCCUGACUCACCUGUCCCCCAAUAUGGACCUGGUUUGUCUGUUUUUACCGUGUCAGCGGGACAGAGGUGUUCGACACCUGAAUCUGUGAUAUCAGACUGGGAUGAGUUUGGACUGGAGGACUUGUUCUGUGAGACCAGAGCCUUUUCUCCUGACUCCAUCCGUUCCGACACAGAUACUGUUUUAACUCAGGGUGACGGUCAACAUUAUCCUCCAACAGACCAGGUUUCCACUGAACAUCAACCUGAAAUGACAGUUGAAAGAGCACGCUUAAAACAACCCCCGGAAUUAACAUGGGCCCCUUUUAGGUUAGUUUUCCCAGUAGUUUACCAAACCCACCGAGCAGUAGAAGCGUUUUUUUGUAGGGCCUCCUCCCCAGACAGCCACAGAGAACCUGUAGAUGAUGUAGAUUUAGAUCGAUUAGAUGAUGUAGAGACUCACAGACCUCACCAAGCGUCCUCUCAGUCGAGUCACAUGCCAUCGGACGAACAAAAUCUGGGGUCUCCUGUUGCUGCUGUCGGGCUGGAGGAGGCGGUUCACCAAAGACCUCAAGCAAGUCGUAAGUCAAUCCAAAGAAAAGAACACAGUAAUGUCCCCACGUUGAAAGGAAGUGAAGUGCAACCCAAGAUGGAGGAGACAAGCAAGCACCUGAAAAGAAAGGCGAUGAGAAAAGAGGAGGACAGCAGAGUUUCUGCGGCGUCGGUUUCAGCAGGAUCCUCCAUGGAGAAUCUAUCAGAACCCAAACAUGUAUCAGAGCUGGACCAACCGUAUACUAAUAGACCUAUCUCAAACAAAACACUCAUGUCUGAAACCUAUUCUGGGACACCAGAUCUCCAGAUUCCAAAUGCCUUUGAAUUCAGUCCGUUAUCCCCUGAAAUGACAAUGCCCACUGAGAAGAUGAGGGUAUUGCCAGAAAGUCCAGAAAAACCAUUGAAACUGAACAAGGAGUCCUCUUCUUCUGAAACUAGUCCAGUGUUACCAGACAUUCUCAGCCACACCUCAGAAGACAGCCAAGGUGACGAAGCAGGAUCGUCAGCGAGCAAUCCACGAGCACCCCCGGAGUCAGGGGCACACGCCCAGCUUGAUCAGCUGCUGUCGGAAUUGGAAGACAUCAAACCGGAACUCCGACCAGAAACUCCGGAACCACUGGACUCACCUCUUUCGAAAUCCAGCAAAGGGGGUCCUGUAGAUCUCCAACCUUAUGUUGAGUUUGAGGAACUCUUGCCUGAAUCAGACGGAAAUCCCACUGAGGGUGAGGAAGAGAUCUCAUCCCCUGUUCAGAUCACAGGAGAGCCAGCUGAAAUAAGUGCAGCGGCCUCGGUGCUGACCCAUCUCUCCCUGUCCCAUGAAACUGAUCCAGAGGUAUUUGGAGUGACCGUAGAUCUAGUCAAGACCUUCCCAGAGCCUGACCAAGUUACAGCUGAUCCGGUUCAGUUGAGCCACUUGGAGUCCCUGCAAACACACAGAGCAGAAGAAUCGGACCUCACUGGUUCCAUGCCUCUGGUUAGCCCCGCUGCCGCUAUCGAAUCCGUCGGAACAUCGGAAUCUCCAGAACCAUGCCAUAAAGUUCUAGAACUGUCAUCAGAAUCAAUCGUUCCAACUCAAGAGUUCCGAUCACCGGAACCAUGCCAUAAAGUUCUAGAACUGUCAUCAGAAUCAAUCGUUCCAACUCAAGAGUUCCGAUCACUGCAACAUGAUGAAGCUGCAUAUGACAGCAGAUCAUCAGUUGUUUUUGACGAACCUUCAACUGUAGAAGAACAUCAAAUCAGUCACCCACAGCAGGACCAGGAGACAGUUGAUGAAGAAUAUUCAAACCUCAAGCAGGUGUCUGACAAACAGAAAACCUUUGAGGAACGUCAAAUUCAUGAAUCAGUUGAUGAAGAAUAUGCCAACUUCAAAGAAACAUCAAGCAUUCAAGCUGCAGUCGUAAAGGCAUCCAUUGAACAAAGCAACGUAUUGUGCGAAUCUGGAGGAUUAACCACUGAGCCAAGCCAAUUGGUAGAUGAACCAUGCAUGAGCAAUACCCCAGAAGUUGUGUCACAUUUAAGGGAUCGCACUCCUCCUGAAACCCUUGAAUACGAUGAGUGGUCGCCCCAGUCGCUCUCUGACGUGACCCCACAGACUCCAGAGACCGUCACCGCCUCUGCGCACUUCAGCUUUGACGAGUUGAGCCCCUACCAGAGUCCUAGGUACCUCAACAUGCUCUCUGAAGAGCUCGAGACAAAUACAAGUGAGCAACCAUCAGAGGAUCCAGUCACCCCUGUAGAGGAAGAGUCCAGUCCUCCAGUCACCCCUGUUGAGGUAAAGUCCCCUGUCUCCCAGCCCGGUCCAGUAGAACCCAGGGCAGAGAUGGUGUCAGCCCAACCUGGUCCAGUAGAACCCAGGGCAGAGAUGGUGUCAGCCCAACCUGGACCAGGAGAACCCAGGGCAGAGAUGGUGUCAGCCCAACCCGGUCCAGAGGUUGCAGCAUCAGCCCACGAUGAAGAAAUCUUCAUGGAGUUCAUCUUCCCUCCUAAGUAUACUGAGACAUCCUCCUCCUCUAGCCACAAACCCAAGCCUCCAACCUACACAGAAGUCAUUCGAGGCAGCACCACCAUGCACUUAUACGAAGACUCUGACCCGGAGACUUACUUUGACUGCAAACAGGGCGUCUCAGACUUCUCAGAGACGGAACCUGACGAACUGAAGAAGGGGGAAAGGUCAGGGGUCGGCCGAACCCGAGGACAAGCGUCCCAUUCAGGAGCCCUAGGGAGAAAGUACCAGAAGCCGACGGCGCUUCCGGGUUGCUCCGAUGACAUUAAGGAAGAGAGUGAAGAGCUGGCUCACUCUCCCGUCUCAGCCUUUUACCAGGCUCCUCAGGAGCUUCCUCCUCGCAGAGCAGCAGAUGAUGAUGACUCCCUGGACAGGGAGGUAGCUGUGGAGGUGGGUGAGAUGAGUUCUGAUGAGGAGGAGUUUCUGACUAUCAGAGUAAUACGGAGGAGGGUUGUCUACCAGGUGCCUAAACCCCACAGAGAGGAAGCCCUCCUGGGGGACUUGUGGUCCGGCUUGGUGCCUCAGCAUGUAGUGAUGUGUCCCCAAUCGAGGUCUCAGUGUGGUUUGAGGAGAACGCUUUCAACUUAUUUUGUGAUUGUUUAACAAACAGCAUGAUGAGUUUUCCUCUCUUUUUUUUUGUGAUGAAUGGGAGACCUCUGUCUGAUCCAGUGUUUUUUAGUCCAGUAUGCAAUGUGUGUAUUUUGUACUGACUGACAAGAAUUCUUAUAUCUGACACAAUGAUGUGUGUAUUUUGUGUAUUUUUUACUUUUCACACUUGAGUCAUUACUUACUUGUCUAUAACAAUAUCUUUGUCUCGUUUUGCUGUGUUGGGUUCCUGUGUUGGGUUCAUCUGUUGGGAAUGCUGUGUUGGGAUGUUGUGUUGGGAUGCUGUGU